CGCCUGGUGCAGCGCGGUGGCGUCCGGCGUGGCGCGGCAGGCGAUUGGAUGAGGCCGUGUGUGCGUGGUGACGCGCGUCGCGGCGGUGCGGGUCCCGAUUGCUGCAGCCGCUUGUCAGUGUGACGAAGAUUGGCACCCAGGGAAGAAAAAUGGAGGCUUCUCUGCUUGUUGCUGAAAAUGCAUAUGAAAAUAAGCAAAGGAAGAUAAACUUGACCAUCAGAAAUUCUUCAGGUAUGAUGAUUUGACUUUAUAAGAACCCUAAGUAACCAUGAUGGCAACGCAGACAUUAAGUAUAGACAACUAUCAAGAUGGGCAACAAAUGCAAGUAGUAACAGAAUUAAAAACUGAGCAGGAUCCAAACUGCUUGGAAGCAGAUGCAGGAGGACUGAGUCCUUCCCCGGUAGAGUCCCAGACUCCGAUGGAUGCAGAUAAGCAGGCUAUUUACAGACAUCCACUGUUCCCCCUAUUAGCACUAUUAUUUGAAAAAUGUGAACAAUCCACACAAGGAUCAGAAGGCACAACGUCUGCAAGUUUUGAUGUAGAUAUUGAAAACUUUGUUAGGAAGCAGGAGAAGGAAGGAAAACCAUUUUUUUGUGAAGAUCCAGAAACAGAUAAUCUAAUGGUAAAGGCAAUUCAGGUUCUACGAAUUCAUCUGCUUGAGCUAGAAAAAGUUAAUGAGCUCUGUAAGGAUUUCUGUAGUCGCUAUAUUGCCUGUCUGAAAACGAAAAUGAACAGUGAAACUCUGCUAAGUGGAGAAUCUGGGAGUCCUUAUUCACCUGUACAACCCCAGUCCAGCAACUUUAAACAUGAUAGAGAUAGCUUGGAUUUGCUGGAGCAGCUGUCUUCAUGGAAAGAGUCACCAGAAAAUCCAAUUCAAAGUGCCAUCACAGGUACGCUCAGUCCCCAGGGGAUUAUGGUACCUGCAUCAGCCUUGCAGCAGGGAAAUGUAACUAUGGCAACCGUUGCAGGUGGUACGGUGUAUCAGCCAGUGACUGUGGUCACGCCUCAAGGUCAAGUAGUGACACAAGCUUUGUCACCUGGAACCAUCAGGAUCCAGAAUUCACAGCUCCAGUUACAAUUAAACCAAGAUUUAAGCAUCUUGCAUCAAGAUGACGGGUCAUCAAAAAAUAAAAGAGGAGUUCUUCCAAAGCAUGCUACAAAUGUGAUGAGGUCUUGGCUUUUUCAGCACAUAGGGCAUCCAUAUCCAACAGAGGAUGAGAAAAAACAGAUAGCAGCACAAACCAAUCUGACAUUACUUCAGGUUAACAACUGGUUUAUCAAUGCUAGAAGACGAAUUCUUCAGCCAAUGUUGGACUCCAGCUGUUCUGAAACUCCCAAAACAAAGAAAAAAACAGCUCAAAACCGACCAGUUCAAAGGUUCUGGCCAGACUCCAUUGCAUCAGGAGUAGCUCAGCAUCAAUCAAAUGAACUUACAAUGUCAGAUGGAGCCGUUGUAACAAUUACAGCCCCAGUCAACAUGAAUGUAGACAGUCUGCAAUCACUUUCGUCUGAUGGUACUACUUUGGCUGUUCAGCAAGUCAUGAUGGCAGGGCAAAGUGAGGAUGAAUCUGUGGACAGCACUGAAGAUGACGGAGCAGACCUCUCAACCACAAACAUCAGUGGGCUGGUCUUGGAUAACAGUGAUUCUCUGCAAUAGGAAGCAAGAGAAUCUGGCCUAAAUAUAUAGGAAAAACAAUAGACUGACUGACUUUUUAUAGUUUGCACAGCAAACAUUUUACACAAGUUUUAUUUCUAAUAUGUUUUAUAUGUAGAUAUAGAAGAGUGCACUUUUUGUAUUUCAUAGUCGGCUUAAAGAGCGUCUUUACAGGUGCAGCAACUUCUUUCAAAUGUGUUGUUUUUGGUUUUGGUUUUGAAAUUCUAGUAAUUUAAGAGAGAAAGAGAGAAAA